AUGCCACUAGAUUUCUCAUCAGAUUGCGAGUGUCCUAACUGCUUGGAGAGUACACAGAAUGAGGCUGACUGGAAUCCCCAUUCCAACGAGGGCAGUAAUGAGUCUUUACAUUCAAGAUUAAGAAAGAAAUCUAUGCCUUCCCCCGGCAUGCAGUGCUUUCCCUCACGGUGCUGUUCCACCAGGCCAGAGAGUGACACCAAAGAAGACUCAAUAUUUCUUCCCUCAGAAGAAGAAAGCUAUGUGGUGACUUCUCCAAAUAAUUAUCUGGGUCUGAACCUUGAGGGCAUUACAAGAAAAAUGAGACCAUUGAAAGAGCUGACUGUCCAAGAGCUACUGAGAGAGUUUGGGGAUACCAAGAAGUUCCAACCAAACUCCAUGUCUGUGGGUCACUUUAGAGAUCAGGUGGUAAUGAAGUUCAGAAGAGCUCUGUACUAUUCUGGAAUUUGGGUGACACAUGUCCAAGGCUAUAGAUUUGAAAAGCACUUGUCAGCUAAUUACUUUAAGAGAAACCCUGGGUGCCUACACCGGUUGGCCCCCUGGCUAAAACGGGAACUAACAGCUGUUUAUGGAGAUUAUGACUACACAGUGAAGAAUAUCCUAGCCACCAUUCUCCAUCACAUGACAAAAUAUGAUCUGGACAGUGAAUCCUUCAUUAAUCUCCUAGAACCUUAUCUCCAACAACACACCCACCAUUUUCUGCAUGAAUUUAUCAGUUUUGUUCAUUCGCCUUACAACAUGGAGACUUAUGACCAACAAGCCAUCUAUCAACUUCCUUCUGCUUCACCAUGGGUGAAAAAUAAGUCCAUUGCAUCAGCUCCUGUUUUGCCUUUGCCUAAGGAUCAGGCUGUACUGGCAUCUCAACAGAAUAUCAAACAGCCUAAAAACAGCCAGGGCCAAUGGAAUAAUGAGCAGAGGCCUCUGUUGGGUUUGAAACUAUUUCCAAACAGUAACUCUUCCUUAAAGAAGCCUGAAGUCCCACUACUCCAUCAUAAAACAGCAAGCAAAAUGCAUGCUUGGAUCAAUGAUAAGCCAGAAUCAAGCAAUCACAAAGGCACAACUUCUACCAAUAACAUGCUCCUGAAUUGGGCUAUACCCAGGGAAAGAGGCCCAGGCUUCCUGAAUUGCAAAAUAAAUGUUAAAGAGGGGAAGACAGAAGGGAUAAAGUUGUUUCCUGGUCAUGCCCAGAAUCUGGAAAAGAGUGAAACAACUGUACACACCUUCCAUCCCCCAGCAAUUUUUACUCAGGGGCAGCCAGGGAAGAACGGCCUAAGAGAAAAAAGGGCUUUGAACCUUGGCCAACAGAUCGAUUUCCAGAAAAAAGAAGUAGAUAAAACCAAAUGUUCAGAUUCUUCGCCAAAGACCUUUCAAUGUAGAUUUCCCAGAGAAAGAUCCUUGAUAAGCUGCAAAUCCAGAAAGAGGGACCUCUCCUGGAGUUGUAUUUCAGAAACUGCCUUAUCUUCUAAAAGAGAUGGUAGGAAGCUGAGCUCUUUCAGAAAAAAGAGGAUGAAGUGUAGACAAUCUUCCCAAUUUGCAGAAGUUGGUUCACACUCCAGUAGGGGAAUCCAAAGACAAUCAAAGUCCAGUACCCAUAGAUCCAAAUCCUGGUGUGUUGGACUUACAAAGAGUUCUGUAAGCCGAGAAUCAAGUAACACUUCUUUGAGAGGAAGCCACAGAAGUGAACACUUCACCCAGAAUAUGUGCUGUGAGGCCUCAAAAGAAAAGAAGGUGCAUGGCUAUGAAUCAAACUAUGGGAGGGCAUCUUCAGCCACAGUCCAAUACAUGAAGAGUCCUUCCACUGCUGGGGAGAGACCCAAGUGCUCUUCUAAAAGUGAGGGUUCUUCCCAAACUGGAAGCUACUGUAACAGUCCCACAUGCCUACAGAGCAGGAAACACACAUCCCCAAGUAAACAAGGGAUGAAGCACAAAACCACAUUUCCUAGAGCAAGAAAAACCAGAGGAGUUAGGCACAGAAAAAGCAAAUGUCAGUGUCCAGAUAAAAUAACCACAGGGGAAGUCAGUGAUGAAGUAUGGAAUUUGAAAGAUGUAAAGCAAAAGAGUAGUCUUUCUGAGAGUGCACCUUCCUGCCAGAAGCAAAUCCAAAAAAAAAAGGAGAAUUCCAGCCUUCAGAAACAUCACCAGGCCAAGAAUGGACAGAAAGGAGACAAAGUAUUAGAAAUCCAGAGGUGCAGAGUAUUUUAA